AUGUUGCCAUACUUUGACAAGGGCAACUUUGAAGACCUCAUGAAUAUACAUAACAAAUCUAAGGAACCAAUCAGCGAGGAGUCAAUAAAAUGUUGGUUGGGUCAGUCCAUCAAGAUCUUCCAGUAUCUGGCAUCGAAGAAUGUCGUCCACAGAUGUGUGAGGCCAUCAAACUUUAUGUUAGAUGAGCACCAUAAUGUUUACGUAGUCGAUAUUUGCUCUGAAAUCGUUGAGAAAGAUAUCAGAAGAAGAACAAGAGGAAAAACUGUCCAUAGUCCCAUUCCUGAAUUCUCAGGCUGCCUGACAUUCGCCGCCCCGGAGAUUGUAGUAAGAAAUAGUAGUCACGACACGGCGUCAGAUUUCUGGUCACUGGGUGGUGUGUUUCUGGGUCUGAUGACAUGCCACAAGAAGACUUGUGAGGAGUACGGCUCCUACCUCAUCGAAUUCAAAAAGGUCAUGCAAGAUGAUUUAUUGAGGGAGAUAAUCGAAGAGGAAGCGAGAAAAGAAGAGAUAAUUUUAAAUGGAGUGCUAGUGCCACUGGAUUUGAACCAACCUUUUGAGUACUACACUCGGUACAUGUUACGUCACUACAAAAGCAGGUCGUUCUUCGCCUUCGACUCGAACAGUCUCUGCGAUUUCCUGGUCUACCUGGUACACCACCUGGGCAGCCUGGAGAUAUGCGAGAUUGGGAUGAAGGUCAUUGGAGUGCAAGUGUACGGCUGUAGGUGUCAGAACAUGAGCCAGACGCUGAACGAUCUAAAGUGCAGUGAGAUUUUGAUGCACAUGCUGGAUAACUUCGCGGGCGACCUGCCCAUCAUCACUCUCGUCCUCCAGUCCAUGUGGCCUAUGCUAAUCUUUGACGCAAACGUGCAGGACUUUUACGAGCAAGGAGCAUGCAGUAAGGUGGCCUCCAUCAUUAAGAUGCACUACGAUCAAGCCGAAGUCUUUGAAGCCGCUUCCAUGGUUGUGUUCGGUCUGUCGCUAUCUGGUUCGUUGAUUUGA